AUGGAUCAUCCAUUAAUUGACAAUAUUGAUGGAGUUCAGAAGGUGAUUGGCAAUACCAAACAAGCUCAAUGUAAGUAUUGUCCGACGCAUUUGGCAUGCAAUCCUUAUGAUAAUGGAACUUCCUCUCUUAGGAAACACAUAGAGAUAGUCUGCAAAGGGUACCCGGAUAGAGUUAAGGUUGAAUCUAGGCAACAAGUGUUAACCAAUGAUGGUAAAAGAGGGCAGGGUAGUUUAGUUUAUGUGAAUUGGAGUCAGGAUAAUUGCAUUGAAGCUGCUACUCAUAUGAUUGUUGUCGAUGAACUUCCUUUUAGUUUCAUUGAAAAACCAGGGUUUAAUUAUUUUUGUAGUGUUACUGUGCCUCUUUUUAAAGUCCCUUGUAGAGGAGUGAUAAUGAAAAACUUUCUUCGCAUGUAUGAUGCGAAGAAGGAGGAGUUGAGGAGGGAAUUGAAGUCUCAUUGUGUUAGUUUGACAACUGACACUUGGACUUCUUGUCAUAAUAUAAACUACAUGGUAGUUACUGCUCAUUUUAUUGAUCGGGGAUGGACAAUGCAUAAGAGAGUGCUUGCAUUUUGUGUAGUUCCAAAUCAUCAUGGUGUAACAAUUGGUAAACUGUUAGAGUCAUGUCUCAUUGAUUGGUCAAUUGAUAAAGUUUUAACAGUUUUGGUUGACAAUGCAUCUGCGAACAAGCAUGCUAUUGAUUAUCUUAGGAGGAAAAUGUGUAGUUGGGAUAUUAAACCAGUUUGUGAAUGUAGGUUUAUGCAUGUGAGAUGUUUAGCUCAUAUUGUAAACCUCAUUGUGAGGUCUGGUUUGAAGUUGUUAGAGAGGUCAGUGGCAAGCAUAAGGAAUGCUGUCAAGUAUGUUAGGAGCUCAGGUGCUAGGUUAGAGGAAUUUGAAAAGGCUGUGGAGAAGGAGAAAGUUGAAUGCAAUAAGAUUUGCAUUUUAGAUGUUCCAACUAGGUGGAAUUCCACAUUUCUUAUGUUGGACACAUCUUUGGAGUUGAAAAAGGCUUUUCAGAAGUUGUCUGAUGAUGAUGAAAGGUACUGUAGCUACUUUGAUGAAGAUGAAGAAGUUGCUGAAGAUGAGGCAAAGACUACAAGUAGGAGGAGAGUGCCUACGAAAAGAGUUGGGCCACCAACUAAAACAGAUUGGGACAAUGCAGCCAUUUUUGUGAAGUUCCUGAAGGUCUUUUAUGAUGUGACAGUUAAUGUAAGUGCUUCACUUACCCCUACUGCACACAAGUCCUUCCAUGAUGUUGUAACCAUUGAAGUUGAGCUUGAAGAACUAAGCUCAAUUGGUGUAGGGCCUGAUUCAAGUGACUCUGACAUGGUAUUGUAUGACAUGGCAGUUCAAAUGAAGUCCAAGUAUGACAAGUAUUUUGGUUCCUUGGAUGACAUGAACCAACUUUUCCUAGUUGCUGUGGUCUUAGAUCCUAGAUAUAAGUUGAGAAACAUUGGUAGAGUGUGUGAGGUGUGGCUGAAUUUGCCUAGUGGGGAGAUCAAGAAGAAAUUGGAGGAAGUGAAGCAACUUACUAGAGAACUUUGUGACUUGUACAGUGAGUCUAAUGAUGCAUCAACUGGAGGACAGAAGAAGAAAACACCAAUUACUAGUGAAACAACAAGUCGUAAUAGUUGA